GUUAACGUUUUGUUGUUUCACGACCUCGCAAGGUCCUCUACUUCUGAUCUUUUGGUUAACGUUUGUUUUUUUGGUGAAUGAGUGAAAAGCCUCCUAGUAUUGCCGGCGCUAACUGCAAUGGCCAUCGUGGCAAGGGGAUUUCCUGGGCUCACCUUCGGCACCACGCCGUGGUCUGCUACGGACAGCACGAAGAGGACCCCGGCUAAGGAGAGCGGACUUGCUCGAUGCUGGCAAUCUUUCGAUUUUUCUGACAGCUCCAAAGUUACUCCAACGAUUAAGGAAGAGGUCAGACGGCACGGCUUUCCGCAAUCCAUCCGCGCGGACGCCUACUUCUUCCUUUCGGGAGGGUCUAUCCUUCAGAGACAGUAUCCGCCCGGUGCGUAUAACGCGCUGGCAGCAAGCACCUCCAACCUCAGCGACGACGCCAUCUACAGCGUUGAGGAUGACGUUGGGAACGCCCGCGUGUUGUUCAAGGACACGCGACUCUUUUCCACAGCGAAGGGUGCAGAAGUACUCUCUCGCAUCAUCUUCGCAUAUAUUCAGCACAACCCAGCAUGCGGCUACUUCAAAGGCUUGGCGAGUAUCGCGGCUCUCCUCCUGACGGCUUUCGGAAAGGAGCGCGAAGAGCAGGCCUUUUGGACUUUAGUGGCCUUGUUGGAGCGCCGCCUUUUCCCCUCGACGAACGGUCAGGUCCCCGCCGGAGCACGGACCGAUGUUCAGGUGCUGCAGCUCCUCCUGGCGCAGAAGCUGCCGGCGCUGGUGACGCUUUUGACCAAAUUUGGUGCUGACGCGAUGGAUACGUUUUGCUACACCUGGUUCUCAACGGCCUUUACACGUGUACUGCCCUAUGAGGUGGUGUUGCGAAUUUGGGACUGCGUUGUUGUGGAGGGCCCGAAGGUGUCGCUGCGAGUAGCCAUGGCGCUCAUUAAGAUGUGCUCCAGCAGCGUUCAGAGCUGCACAAAUAUCGAGGUGUUGUGUCGCGUUGUCGAGUCACGCCUCUCACGCUUCCAAGAUGCGAAUGCACUGUUGUCGGUGGCAUUUAGGGGCCUGGGCAGUCUCAGUAGCACAGCCGUCGAUGCGGCACGCACUCGCGCCUCUGCGUCUUUGCAGCGCUCGCACUCGGCACAUCCAACGCCGUUAUCUGCAGGCGCUAGCAGCAAUGCAAUGUGCUCAUUGAGCACCAGCAGCGGUGGCAGCAGCAACAGCAGCAGCAGGACCCUACUUAAGCAAGUGUCGAUAUGGCCAUCACCCAAGACGUCUGGGAUUCUUAGCACUGCCUGACGUGGAGUUCAGAGUGGUGGUGUGGCAUGUCUAGGAGUCAGGAAUGGACAGACCGCAGGGCCCUUUGUCGCUCGGUAAUCGUGACAUGGCAUGGGUUCCUCCCGCAUUGGCGCAUGGGCUGUACUUAAUCACACGCCUACAUUACCGCCGCCCAAUGCCGGUUCGGGGCUGAUCAUAUUAUGGCUUGGCUUGCGGUUGUGAACUGGUCCGAGUAUAUUUGUUCUUACUCGUUAUCGCGAUGGGGGAGCUUUGGUUGCAUGGAAGUAAAAGGUCCAUGCUGAGUAGUGGCAACCCCAAGAAAGGAGAUAGAUACAUUUCAUGAUUAAUUUUGUGGGGAAAUGACAAAAUUUAUUUGACUUUGCAGAAUUGCGGUCAUGGCAGUUAGGAGUUUCAAUGAAAAUACAGUUAGUCGCAUAAUGCCCAUCGCAUAAUGCGCCUAGGCACGGUCGAUUGGUUUAUCAAUCAUCGGUAUGGUGGGAUUGCGGCCGGACCUCUGCAGGUCCAGAAGCCGGUUUGCAAAUUUCGACCGCGAGGAAAAGGAAGCGUUAUUGGAUAGGUUUGUCUUCGUUCCUCAUCUGGCUCUGGAUGACGACAAAGCCUGGGCAGGAAUGCAGCAGCGAAGGACCUUGCCAUAGAUGCUGGAGCUCCAAGACUUGUUGGAACCACCCAAUCUCCCACACCCAAUGAAGGCGCCCGCUGACCGAUAAUUCUUUUUAAUGAUUGCGAGCAGAG